GAGUCUGGUCGCCCAGCAACCGCAGCCCGGCUGCUGAGGAACCUGGCGCCAGCGAAAUUUACCAAGUCACAGUGACUGACCCGGCUUAUCCCGCAAGCGAAAGUUGGGCAUAAACAAUACCUAAACCUGCUUCUUGACAUGGUAUCAGAACAGAGCUAUUGCUGAGUUUGAUUUAUAGAGAAAUCAUGGUUCGACUGACCUUGGAUCUGAUUGCCAAAAACAACAAUUUUAAAACCCGAAAAGAAACCACUUCACAAUACCUGAAGAAAAUAACUCAUGUAAAUUUUUCAGACAAAAAUAUAGACGCAAUUGAAGACCUCUCUCUUUGCAAAAAUCUUAGUGUUUUAUAUUUGUAUGAUAACCGUAUUAGUCAAAUCACUAACUUGAAUUAUGCCACAAACCUGACCCACCUGUACCUACAAAACAAUUGUAUUUCAUGUAUAGAGAACCUCAGGUCACUAAAGAAACUGGAAAAACUGUAUCUGGGAGGCAAUUACAUUGCUGUCAUAGAAGGUUUAGAAGGAUUAGAAGGACUGAGAGAGCUUCAUGUUGAGAGUCAGAGGCUUCCCUUUGGAGAAAAGCUUCUGUUUGAUCCAAGAACUCUUCAUUCUCUAGCAAAAUCCCUUUCUAUAUUGAAUAUCAGCAAUAAUAAUAUUGAUGACAUAAGAGACUUAGAAAUAUUGGAGAAUCUUAAUCAGCUUAUAGCAGUUGACAACCAACUUCUGCAUGUGAAGGAUUUGGAGUUUUUACUGAACAAGUUGAUGAAGCUGUGGAAAAUGGAUCUAAAUGGAAAUCCUGUUUGUCUCAAACCAAAAUACAGAGACAGACUGAUACUGGUGUCCAAAUCACUGGAAUUUCUUGAUGGAAAAGAAAUUAAAAAUAUGGAAAGACAAUUCCUAAUGAAUUGGAAAGCAUCCAAAGAUGCCAAGAAAAUCAGCAAGAAAAGAAACAGUAAAAACGAGGAUGCAAGUAACUCAUACAUAAGUAACUUUGAAACAAUGCAUCACAUAGUUCCUGUUUUAAAGGUGGGUAAGCCAAAAUUAGUCUUUUUCUCUGAUAUACAGAGAUACCUUGCAAACGGAAAUGCAUCUCCGGAAAGCUCCCAAGAUAACCCUAAAAUUAUUGAUGAGAUGGGGAAUCUCUCUUUGAAGGAAUCUGAAAGCUUGCUGACAAAAAAUGAUGUACAUGAACUUCACCUCCUCCACAACCCAAAAGAAAAUCUGUAAUA